GAAACCCUUCAUAGAAUUUAGUGAUUAUAAUCCGAUCUACAAUUUUUGCUUGGAUGGCAAAAGAGUGCAGUAUUUUCCAUAAAAGUGCCCUGGUUAGGUCCAGCUAUGGGGAUUACGUCAUGACUCGGAACAGGAACUAGGAAAACGUACAAUCAUGGCAGCGAUGUGGAUAUAUUCAUUCGUGGCUUUCGCAUUUAUCUUCUUAUCAGCGUUGGCUUUACCAGAGCAAGGAACUUGGGAAUUUAAAUAUGAUAAAAUAAAUGGGACAAUUUACAUCGGCAUUUCAAAGAGCAUGUACAGCACAGCCAAGUCAUUUGUGCAAGUGCAAUGUGAUCACGAGGAUCACACAGAUAUCACCCUUGCUGUGUCAUGGGUGAUGAGAAGGACACCCUGUGCCCAGGAGUAUGUAUAUUUGGGACAAAAUCAAACUACAUUAAGGUUUUACCAUGAACUACCAGAAGGGGGAUUUAUUAAUGACGUGUAUAAAGAUGUGACAUAUAUAAGGUCACCAGUUUACCAUUUCAAGUGCACGGAAGCCUUCACUCUACCUAACUUGUCAGAUACAGUUUGGAAUACGACAGCUACAUUUUCUUUGGUCGGAGGUGAUGAAAGUAUUGAUGAAAAUUCGGAUUUAUCUCAAGAACAACCGAAUUCUAAUAAGGGAGCAGAAGCAAAUAAAAAAGAAGGAGAUUCAGUGGAGAAGUCACAUCAACGGAGAAAGAGAGGAAGUGCUGAACCAGAUGAUUUAGCACCCCAGCAAACAUCUCAAUUAGACAGCAGUGUUGUGCCUGAUAGUGCAAAAUCAUCACAACCUCAGAUGGGAACUGGUGAAGAUGAAUCUCAUGUGCUAGACAAUACGAAAUCACCUAAAAGUACAGAAGCCAGUGUAAAAUCACCGUCAACGAAUAAAAACACCAAAGGGCUCAUUGUCACUGUUCCUAAAGAUGGAAUUUAUCUGCUGGUACUAAAGAUUGAGGAGGUUGGAUCUAUAAAACCAUAUACAAUUAGUGUUCUACGGGGUGAUGUGCGUGGUCUACGUCAUCUACGCUGUUGCGUGGCUCGGCAUCUCUGCCUGGCAAUGGAAGGACCUGCUCAGAAUUCAGUUCUGGAUUGGUGGGGUCAUCGCACUCGGUCUGCUUGAGAAAGCAAUUUUUUAUGCUGAGUAUAGAAAUAUCAACAGCAGAGGUUAUUCUAUUUAUGGAGCUGUCGUGUUUGCUGAACUGGUCUCGGUGCUGAAGCGCACUAUGUCGCGAAUGCUGGUCAUCAUUGUCAGUCUUGGAUUCGGCAUCGUCAAGCCAAGACUCGGGCAAACGCUGCACAGGGUGUUGGGGGUUGGUGCAUUGUAUUUUGUACUUGGAUCAAUAGAAGCCUGCAUGAGAGCCGUUAGGCCACGACUGGACCUUUCAAAUGAGAUCAUGUUGGCCAUUAUUCCACUGUCAGUGGUAGAUGCUGUCAUCUGCUGGUGGGUGUUCAGCAGUUUAGUGCAGACAACACGAACACUGCGUCUGCGCAGAAACGUUGUGAAACUGUCUCUUUACAGGCACUUCACUAACACCCUGGUGUUCGCUGUGCUAGCCUCAAUUGCCUUCAUGAUAUGGUCUAUCAAAGUUCAUCAACUUAGUGACUGCCUGUCUGAUUGGAAGGAGCUCUGGAUAGAUGAUGCUUUUUGGCCUCUGCUCUUUACCAUCAUUCUUUUAGUGAUCAUGAUUCUGUGGACACCUACAGCAAACAACCAACGGUAUGCAUUUUCGCCACUGUUGGACAAUCCAGAUGAUGAGUCUGAAGAACCGAUGCUGAAUGAUGCUUUUGAUGGGAUGAAGAUGAGAGGAGUUGACAAGAGUCCCAAUGGCAGCACUAGCACCAACACUUCCUCUCGCAAGCACGGAGAUCGUGUCAGGAGUGAUAAGUUUGAAGAUGAUCUUAAAUGGGUUGAUGAAAACAUUCCAUCAUCGGUAGCAGAUGCAGCUCUUCCUACGUUCCUAGACUCUGAUGAGGAAAUAAUGACCACAAAGUUUGAGAUGUCAAAGAUGGAAUGAAUAAUAUCAACAGCAAAAAGAUCUACAUAUUCAGUGGCAGGUACAAACAUGAAAGGCUGGAUUGAGAAACGAUAUGGGUUUAGUAUUCAGCUGUUGCUGUAGGUGUUUUUAGAGUUUGUUUGGAAAGUAAGUUUCCGUACACCUUACCCAACAGGAAGUGUUUCAUUAUAUAUUGACUAAGAAAAGUAUUCUUACGUUAGCAAGACAAGGAUAGUGUGAACAUAUUUAUUGUGUAAACUAGACUGUCAAGAGGUUCUGAUGUAAUGAAGUUAUUGCAUUGUUUAUAUGUUAAUUGUGGGUUAUAGGGUCUUUUCAUGUGGGCCUGUCAGUGAUACAUUUCCCUUCUGUUGUCAAAAAUAUUUGCAUUAUUGUUCAUGAUUUGUAUUUGAAAUGUCGUAUUUUGAAGGUAGGCUCCCCCACUUUGCAUUUCAAAAGUGUAUGAUAUAAGUACCUUAAUGCAUAGUAUAUUAAUAUGUAGUUUAACACCACAGUUAGGGUAUAUCAUGAGCCAUAUUUAACAAAAUGUCAUCAUUCUAUUAUGUAUGCUUAUUGUAUGAGGGUGCAUUCUGACUCGUGUAGUGACUAUAGUUAAUUUUGAUGUAGGGGGAGACCACCUUUAAGUUUUAAAGGGAAACGUUAUUGUAAGUUUAACACGUGUUCACUUAUAAUAAUAAUACGCCUAGAGAGGCCGAUUCCGAGAGUCACUUACAGGACUGCUCUAAAAACAGGCCGAUUGUUUAGAUUGUGGUAAAAGCAUGGGAUGUAGCACACGUGUACGUUGAGAGGUGCUUAAUAAAAUUAGAGGCAGUCCCCAGUAGAACUGAUCUAUUAAAGGCGGGUGCCACCUUGCAGUUUUGAAAUGCCAAACUUCAUUGCUUUUCUUCUGAGUAACCCUCUGAGUAAUUAAAGGCUCUAGCAUGCUUUUGUGACAUGGAGAAUCGAUUAAGAUCAAAUUUAGUCUGAUUAUAUAAUUACUUCAUUAACAUAUUUACAAAAUGGCCACCACAGAACUGUGAAACACAUUCUUUAGUCAUAUAUUUACUUCUAAUUACGAUUUUUUAAUGUAUUUUCAUGACCUAUCUUAGUUAGUAGAAAAGGAAUCGAUUAGGAUGAAAUUUAAUGUGAUUAGAUAAUUAGCUCAUACACAUAUGUACAAAAUGGCCACUGUAGAAACUAAAUUAAUCGUUCUGGGCAUAUAUGUCAUUUUCUACGUUUGUAAUACUUGGUUCUCUACUGCUAUCACUGCAUUUCUGAAUGAAUGUAAAUUCUGUACUAUUGUUUUACAAGGAUUUGAUACCUGUUUAUA